GCUUGCCACACUUAUUGCAAACACCAGGGUGAGGGCAGACUGGGUGACAGCAAAUGACCUGUACAACAAUUGGUAACACCACCGUGCAGCUGCAUGAAAAUCCCUGCAGACGUUCCUAUGACCAGUUACCAACACAUCAGGUCCCGCUUGGAGAUCAGCAGGGAUAUGGUGAAGCUGGCUUCCAAUACAGUCACACGUGCCAUGAACUGGUGUGUCUCAGCCUAUCCAGUCUCUGAUGCACUGCUCAGCUCAAAGGAAGCCCAGACCACAAAUGCAGAGCCGUGUGGCGGUGGUGGCUGGUCUAGAAGGGGCUGCAGAUCAGAAGACUCCACCAGCUGAUAGUAUGCUGCUCAAGCAUGCCUUCCCCAGCUCAGUUGCAACCCUGCUGCUCCAAGCCUGCCUGCUGCUCCCCCCGGUGGCUGCCUACAUCCACGCGGUGACGGAUCACAACUUCACUAUGGACUUCUCAGACCUGCCUGCCCUCUUUGGAGUGCUUCUGCCCAGGGAAGGACUCGUGGGCUACCUGAUUGAGGCCAAGCCCAGCAAUGCCUGUGAGCCCAUUGAGGGGCCCCCAGGCCCCAGCAAUGCCACCCACUUCAUCGCCCUCAUCCGCAGAUACAACUGCAACUUUGACAUCAAGGUGUGGCACGCGCAACAGGCAGGGUUUCACGCCGCCGUGGUGCAUAACACUGGCUCCGACAAACUGCUCAACAUGGCCUGGAAUGAUGAGAGGAUCCGGGAGCAGAUCGCCAUCCCUUCAGUCUUCGUGGGGCAGACAGCUUCAGAAUACCUGCACUCCAUGUUCAUCUAUGAGAAGGGCGCGCAUGUUAUCCUGAUUCCUGAGUACAUCUUCCCGCUGGGCUAUUACCUUAUCCCCUUCACCGGCGUGGUCGGCAUCAUCAUUGCUGUCAUGUGUACCAUCCUAAUUGUGCGCUGUGUGCAGCACCGGAAGAGGCUGCAGCGGAACCGUCUCUCCAAGGAGCAACUAAAAAAAAUACCCAUCCAGAAGUAUAAGAAAGGAGACGAGUACGAUGUCUGUGCUAUCUGUCUGGAUGAGUAUGAGGAGGGCGACCGGCUGCGGAUCCUGCCUUGUGCUCAUGCCUAUCACUGUCGGUGUGUUGACCACUGGCUGACACAGACCAAGAAGACCUGUCCCGUGUGUAAGCAGCGUGUGCUGCAGACGGCCGAGGACUCGGACUCAGAUGGCGAGGGGCGUCAGCAGGGCGAAGAGGAGGAGGAAGAGCGCAACUCUGAGCGAGCCCCGCUACUGGGCCCCUCCCCCAGCAUCCCCUCUUUUGGCAGCAUGGCCACAGCACAGGGCUCACCCUCCGAUGCGGGAGGCUCCGAGGAGCAAGAGAGGCCUCUGGGUACCCCCCAGGGCCAGCCCCCUGAUGGCCCGCGGGGCAGCAUUCUUGUCUAAUCCCUGGCCAGGGUGGCUGGAUGGACUCCCCAGCGGGGUAUCUACCCUCUGAGCUUUCUUUGUAUUUUAAACUGUGCACAAAACAUGGGCUUCCCACUGCUGUAGGAAUGAAGGGGUGGCCAGGUCCCACCUCAGGCCUGCAGCCCACAGGAUCCAUUAUGUGCCAGCGCUCCAGUGUUGGGGCUUGCCUUGGGGUGAAUUUGGGGUGUCAGGGCUUUGCAAGAUGGUUUGGAGGGUUUGCUUUGCACAGCUUGGGGUGCGAGGAACAUGGGGGCAGACCGGUUUCCCAGUGCUGAGGGAAAUUCAGUCUAGUCAGAGUUGGAAGCCAGGACUGCUGGGUUCUUGCCCCAGCUCUGAGGGGGAGUUGGGAUUGGUGGGGCUGUAGUCAGGGGAAUAGGGUCUGAGUUUGAGGGGGGCAGGUCUGGAAGCCAGAACUUCUGGGUUCUUAGGAGGGGUGGGAACCCAGCACUGAAACAAACCAACCACCCCUCCCCCCAUCCUGGGCUCAGUCUUGAGCUGACUGCAUAGCCAGUCAGUUGUGGCCAGCUG